AUGGAUGGGGGCGGCGGCGAUACUCGCGAUGGAGCAAAACGGCGAGGCGUGUCGCUCGGACCGCAAGCAAGUCAGAUCCUGCAGCGACUGUAUGAGCCCAACCUUGGACCUGGUUCACCCGCUCGUUCGAACAACGCUGCAGCGCAGAGCCCUUUCUUGCGACCCGUGCCAUCGCAGAACGCAGUGCUCAAGCCCAAGUUCCAGACGCGCAUGAAGAAAAACGCUAGCAUUGCUACGAUUUCCAGUGACGUUGGGCCUGUACCAAACAAAAAGGCUCGAAACGGUGCGAACGAAGCGCUAGCUCCACUUCCACUUCCAGUACCGAGUAGCAGUACCACGCCGCUAUCGACCUCAGCAAGUGUCAUGAGUUUGCCGCCUGGGGUGAUGCACCCCAGUCUUCACAAGGCAUCCGAGAGGAUCCGGAGUCUUCGCGAGAAGCCGCACGUCUCUAGUGUGACUUCGAUCCGGUCGCCAACGCUGGUAGUUCCGCGUGAAGAAGAUGAAACCAAUCAGGACGGCAACUCGUAUGCGUUGCUCUCGCCUGCAUCCAAAGCUGCACAACGGAAGGCUCUGGCAACAGAAUCAUCCUUCACCGCGUCACUGAAUCUCGACCCGCGGUAUCUUCGCGAGUUCAAGUCUGGCAACUUUUUGUAUCUGCGCAAGAAGAAGAACACGGACCUGAUAAUGUACGCGCUAGAAGUGGUGGAGCACUUCGAGGUGGACCGCUCCGACUACUACACGAUGAGCAUGGAGGGAGUGACUCAUUUCACUACAGAACACUCGGAAUUCUGGUCGCUCGACAAGUGGGAGACCGAGUACUCGCGGUUCAUGAAGAUGCUGGCCAUUCCGUUCUUCCAGAAGUACAAGAUGUGGAAGAACUUCAACAUGUGGAAGCAGUCGGUGCGCACGUACAAUAUGCGGAACGCCAAAAAGGCACUGAACGAGCGGCUAUUCCUUCUAGCCCCAAGUCUACAGUCAACGUUACUCGGUCUCCGCGCGCUCUGUCUCGACGUGACAAAGUUGGAGCUGAUACGCUUCAGCCCUCGCCAGACCUACUCGUUGAGAGACUUUGAACUAGAGCAACAAAAGACGCGGACGCAGGUGACUCAACAACUCGCAGAUUUUUCGUCAAAAUCCUUGAAGAUGUGUGUCAAAGCGUGCGAUGAAGUGAUCGACAGCUUCCUGGAGGCCAACAAGAUCUCGGCUGACCACAAAAUGACCUUCAUGGAACGCGCGGCGCUGCGCAAACAGUGUCGGACACUCACGAACUUCUUGCGGCUGGCAGAUUUUCUCACAAUCGACGCAACUAUUCAACUUACGGUGCACUCGUUCCAUCGGUUGCAUUCAACGCUUGUAGCAGGAAAGGCUCAGCUCACAGGAGCUACUACAACUGCAACUGCACCAGCUUCAAACCCUACGGCUUCUGCGCCUGCAAAACCAGGAGCUUCGGGUGGAAAUCCGCAGGCAAACAGCAAGAAUACCGGCAAACCGGGCCAGGCGAAUGCGCCUCCUCCAUUCACCGCCAUCUUCGCCGUCGCAGUGGAAAUGGACGCCGCCACCUCCGCUCUGAACGCGAUUCCUAGCCAUGAUUCGUGGAAUGGUGCGCUUCAACGAGCCUUGAAAGAAGCGCUUCGCAUGGUGGAAACCCCUGCACGACAUCUCGGUCACGAGUCGCUUGCGCCUUACACGACAGCUAGUGCAGAAGACGAGGGCAAAGAAGUCUGGUCCGUCGAGCAGCUCAAUGUAGCGCUGAUUCUCAACGAAGACGCCAAGUUCAGCAUGCUCACUAACGACAUCUUCGUCGCGUUGGACGAAGCCUUUGAAGCCGUGGAGGAUUAUAUGGACGUCUUUGCUCCAUUCCACCAAAUUUACUCGGAGAAUGAAGGACAGGUGACGAUGCUCAUGGAGACGUACGCCAACGCCCCGUUAGAUUUCUUCUCCGAGUCCAUCGAGAAGUACAAGUCCCAGGGUCAGUCAUUCACGGACAUCCCAGACGCCGCCACCGUCGGGAUCUUCCGAGUCGACUCCUCCGAGUUUAAGAGCCGACUCCUACCGAACCCGGAGAAGUGCAUCCUCGGUAUUCGCGCAUUAAUCCCCAAACUCAUGAAGAAGACCAGUACGGCGCUGCUCGAGACGCUCAACGACUUGUCCCCCAUUGCGUUCUCCACCCCGUCAGUUCCUGACGCCUUUGUGAAUAAAGUGGUGCAUAUGACCAAGGUGAGUGCCAUGCUGCCAGACCUCAGGAGCCGAUACCGUCGCGUGUAUGAGAUGGGCGUUCUCAUGGACAACUACGACUGGCGCGUUCCUGACGAUAUUAAAGAGGACAUUAUCCUUAUGAAGGAAGGCGUGCUGAGCUUGGAAGGCACCGUCACGCGGUUCGAAGGGGAGAUCGACUCGGAGACGGCGCGCUUCUCUCAAGUGAUUCUGGAUAGUAUCGCCCCGUUGAAUCGCAACGCCAACUUGUUGUCCGAGAAGCUGGACCACCCCAAGCUCUCGACGAUCAAGACGCCAAUGAGUGAAGCGCUGUCAUAUCUGAAAGCUCAAGAAGAUACGCUUAACCAGCUCGUGGAGGAGUCUAAAAUGUUGGCGAUGUUCCAGACGCAGUUGAAGCAAAGCGUGAGUGAAUUUAACGAAAUUAACGAAGUGGCAGCUCAUUUCGAGCUCAAGAUGAAGCUCUGGAGCGGACUGGACGCGUGGCAGAAGCUCGCUGUCUCCUACUCGGACACAGUCUUCGACGACAUCGACGUCGCUGCGAUCAGUAAACAGGUGCAGAUGUACGUCAAAGUGGCGUAUACAGCGCAGAAGCAGCUCCCAGGCAACGAGGCCGCAGAUUUAUUGCAGCGAGAAGUGGAGAAGUUCAAGCUGGUGCUUCCCGUGGUGACAGAUCUGCGCUCUCCGUCGUUAAAAGACCGGCAUUGGAAGCAAAUCCACGCAGCUUUAGGCUUCCAGAUGAAGGGCGAGAGCAGCAUGACGCUGGGUGGGUUGAUCGAGAGGAAUGUCAUGAAGCACGGCGAGACGAUCAGUGCCGUGGCUGUGUCGGCUCAGCAAGAGGCUGUACUUGAGGAGAUGCUGAAGAAAGUGACAGACGCGUGGGCGACUACCGAGUUCGAGGUCAAGCCUUAUAAGGAGUCGAAGGACGUCUUCGUCCUGGGAAGUGUUGAGGAGGUCACUGCGAAGCUUGACGACUCGAUCGUAACAAUUAGCACGAUCAUGGGCUCGCGAUUCAUUGGAGCUAUUCAGGAGGAGGUGGAAGGCUGGAGGAAGAAGCUCGUGACGUUGCAGGAGACGCUGGACGAGUGGCUACUCGUACAGAAGAACUGGAUGUACCUGGAAAAUAUCUUCUCGGCGCCAGAUAUUCAACGCCAACUACCUGACGCGUCGAAAAUUUUCAGCCACGUGGACGCGUCCUGGAAGACGAUCAUGCGUCGAACCAACGAGAACCCGCACGUGCUAACCUCAGGCACGUUCCCAGGAAUUAAAGAGACUUUACAACAGCAUAACGCGCACCUGGACAAGAUCCAGAAGAACCUGGAGGACUACCUGGAAACCAAGCGCAUGGCCUUCCCUCGCUUUUACUUCCUAUCUAACGACGAAUUACUGGAGAUUCUGGCUCAAUCCAAAAACCCGCAGGCUGUACAACCGCAUCUUCGUAAAUGUUUUGAAAAUCUGGUAAAACUUGACUUUGGCGACGUCCCGGGCAGCGUCGAUAUGAUCGCCAUGUACUCGUCUGAGAACGAGCGCGUCCCUCUCGGCAAGAACUUGAAAGCUCGAGGCAACGUCGAGGAUUGGUUGAAGGCGUUGGAGGUGAGUAUGAAGCAGUCGAUCUACAAGCUCAUGAAGGCCGGACUAUUGGACUACGACACCAAGCAGCGAGCGGUGUGGGUGUGCGACCACCCGGGCCAAGUCGUCGCUACUGUGGCGCAGAUGACAUGGGCGCGCAGCACCGAAGAAGCGCUGAACAGCAGCAACCCCGUCGAAGAGAUGCACGCGUGGUACAAGCGCAAUUUGUACGAGUUGAACGAGCUUAUCGUGAAAAUCCGAGGAGAUCUGAGCUCAUUGGAGCGCAAGGUUAUCGUGGCCUUGGUGACUACAGACGUGCAUGCGCGUGAUAUCGUGGAGAGUCUGUGGACGGAGAAAGUGGAUUCAGUGGGGAACUUUAUCUGGCAGCAGCAACUGCGCUACUACUGGGACGCGCAGGCAGAUGACGUUCUCAUCCGACACUCUGACUCGGUCAUUCAGUACGGCUACGAGUACAUGGGGGCGACGUCACGUCUAGUGAUCACUCCAUUGACAGAUCGGUGCUGGAUGACUCUAACCGGAGCUUAUGGCAUGAAGCUUGGUGCAGCUCCGGCAGGUCCGGCUGGAACGGGUAAGACGGAGAGUAGCAAGGAUUUAGCCAAGGCCAUGGCGAUUCAGUGCGUCGUGUUCAACUGCAGCGACCAGAUCGACUACAAAAUGAUGGGCAAACUCUUCCGCGGCCUCGCGCAGGCUGGCAAUUGGACGUGUCUGGAUGAAUUUAACCGCAUUGAUAUCGAAGUUUUAUCCGUCGUGGCUCAGCAGUUGUUGAUCCUGAGAGAAGGUCGAAUUCAGGGCAAAGAGCACAUUAACUUCAUGGGGAUCGAAAUUUUACUGAAAGACCACCACGUUAUCGUCACGAUGAACCCUGGUUACGCUGGUCGAACGGAACUCCCCGACAACCUGAAGGUGUGUUUCCGCCCCGUGUCCAUGAUGGUGCCGGACUACGCGCUGAUCGCCGAAAUUAUGCUGUUUGCUGAGGGGUUCGGCGAUGCGCGCACACUGUCGCGGAAGAUGUGCAAGCUCUACAUUCUCUGCAGUGAGCAGCUCUCGCAACAGCCUCACUACGACUACGGGCUGCGUGCUGUCAAGUCCGUGUUGGUCAUGGCUGGUUCACUUAAACGAGCCAAUCCCGACUUAAAUGAAGACGUGACGCUAAUUCGCGCCUUACGGGACAGCAACAUCCCUAAAUUCUUAGCGGACGACUUGCCGCUGUUCCACGCUAUUGUAUUGGACUUGUUCCCCGGUACCGACAUCCCUCCGAACGACUAUGGCGAGUUGCAGGCGUCUCUCGAGGAAGAAAUCACCAAAGCCGGACUGCAAAAAGUGCCGACUUAUAUCACGAAAGUCAUUCAACUCUUCGACAUUUUCAACGUUCGCUUCGGAGGAACGCUGGUUGGCCCCACAGGGGCAGGAAAGACUUCGUGCUACCGUACUCUGCAGUCCACGAUGACGUCGUUGAGAGCGAGAGGGUCAAAGAAUCCGGUGUACCAAACUGUUCACGCUCGGGUGUUAAAUCCAAAGUGCAUUUCCAUGGGGGAACUGUAUGGAGAAUUCAACGAAGCCACGCAGGAAUGGCACGACGGGUUGGCCUCCACUAUCAUGCGCGAAGCUGUGGCGGAUGAGACGUCCGACGUCAAGUGGACGGUGUUCGACGGUCCGAUCGACGCGCUGUGGAUCGAGAACAUGAACACGGUCUUGGACGACAACAUGACGUUGUGUCUGGCCAAUGGAGAGCGGAUUAAACUGAAAAGCGAGAUGAAAAUGCUGUUCGAAGUCAUGGAUCUGGCCGUGGCUUCCCCCGCCACAGUGAGUCGCAUUGGCGUCGUGUACAUGACAGCGACGGAUCUCGGCUGGAUGCCGUUCGUCAAGACCUGGAUGGAGAAGGAGCUGCCGUCGGAUUUCCCGCCCGAAGGGAUUAAGCGGUUGGAUUUUCUAAUCACGAGUUACGUGGAGAAGUGCAUCCAGUUCGUCCGCAAGAAGAGCUUCGAGCUGGUACCGACCGUGGACAUGAACCUCGCAACGAGUUUGUGUCGGCUGUUCGCGUGUUUGUUCAGCCCUGCGAGUGGCGUCAACUAUUCAGCGAUGAAAGUCGAGGAGAUGCUGGAACUGCUGGACAAAGUCUUCGCCUUCUCGCUCUUCUGGUCGGUGGGGGCCACCAUGACGGUCGACACGCACGAGCAGUUCGACAACUUUGCGCGGGAGUUGAUGGGAGACGCCAAGCUCAGCAUCCCCAACGCCGGACUCGUGUUCGAUUACUUCGUCGACGUAGAGCAGGCCAAGUUCCGCGCAUGGAGCGAGAUCGUCCCCAAAUUCCAGUACAAUUCCCAGGUGCCGUACUUUAAGAUGACGGUCGCUACGCCCGACUCGGUACGCUUCACCUUCCUGCUGCGAACCUUAACCGCAGCGAAGAGGCCAGCGUACGUGACUGGUGUAACUGGUACCGGUAAGACCGUGAUCGUCCAGGAUAUACUGCAGGAAUUGGUAUCCGGGCCCAUGGUUCCAAGCGGUGACGCCAAUGGAGAAGGAGGAGAAGCGCCAUCCGCCCCAACGUCGAACUUUAUGACCAUUUUCAUCAAUUUUUCCGCACAAACGUCGUCUCUAGUCACUCAGUUGACGAUUGAGAACAAACUGGAGAAGAAGCGUAAAAAUCUGUUGGGGCCUGUGGCCGGCAAGCGGAUGAUCAUCUUCGUUGACGACGUGAACCUCCCUGCGGUCGAGGAAUACGGCGCUCAAGCUCCCAUUGAAUUGUUACGACAGUUCCUGGAUUUCGGCGGAUUUUACGAUAGAGACAAACUCUUCUGGAAAGAUAUUGCAGACACGAUGCUGCUUGCUGCUGCGGCUCCAGCUGGAGGAGGACGGUCACACUGCACCCCUCGCUUUGUCCGUCACUUCCACGUGCUGAGUAUGUACCCGGCGGGUGAGACAUCUCUAAAGCUCAUCUUUGCCUCGAUUCUCGGAGGUUUCUUGGAGAAGUUUGCUCCAUCCGUGAAGGCCAUGAAGGACGGCAUUAUCUCGAGUGUUAUCGAAAUUUACAAUCGCGUGACACUCGAACUGCUGCCCACUCCGAACAAAUUCCACUACACAUUCAACCUCCGGGAUGUAUCCAAAGUUUUCCAAGGAAUUCUCAUGAUCACGCCGUCGAAAUGCCCCGACGCGGACUCCAUGAACCGACUGUGGGUGCACGAGGCCUCGCGCGUGUUCCAGGACCGACUCAUCAAUUCAUCGGACCAAACGUGGUUCGAGGAGCUCGUGUGCUCGCUGCUCCAGCGCUUCUUCAACUGCAGCUGGGCUCGCGAGACGCUCUUCCACUCGCCUUGUCCGCUGACUUUCGGCGACUUCUUCAAGCCAGGCGUGCCCACCCCGUUAUACGAGUACUGCAACGACGUCUCUAAAGUGACAAAGAUCAUGGACGACUUCUUGGAGAACUACAACGUCACCUUUGCCAAUAAGAUGAACCUCGUCUUCUUCCGCGAUGCCAUCGCGCACUUGUCACGCCUCGUACGAAUCUUACGUCAACCACGGGGCAACGCCAUGCUCAUCGGCGUAGGCGGCAGUGGCAAGCAGUCUCUCGCUCGACUCGGCGCGUUCAUGGUGGAGGCCAAAUGUGUGCAGAUCGAGAUCACGCGCGGGUACGGCACCAACGAGUUCCACGAAGACCUCAAGAAGCUCAUGAUCAGCGCCGGAGUGGGUGGAACCUCCACCGUCUUCCUGUUCACAGACAGCCAGAUCGUCGAGGAGAGCUUCUUGGAGGACAUCAACAACGUCUUGAACAGCGGAGAAGUGCCGAACCUCUUCCCUCAGGACGAAAUGGACCGCAUUAUCGCAGACAUGCGCCCCAUUGUCAAGGCGAUGGAGAUCCCCGAGACGCGCGACAACUGCGUGUCCACAUUUAUCGAGCGCGUGCGGAAUUAUCUGCACAUUGUGCUAGCCAUGUCCCCAGUGGGCUCCGCUCUGCGUGUGCGCUGUCGCGCCUUCCCGUCGCUGAUCAACUGCUGCACGAUCGACUGGUAUAUGAAUUGGCCGCGUGAGGCGCUGCAGUCUGUAGCUGAUCGGUUGCUCGCGAGUGUGUCCUUGCCCUCGGAAGAUAUACGCAAGUCCCUCGUCGACAUGUGCUCCAUUGUGCACACAACCUCCAAUGAUUUCGGCGAGGAAUUCCUCUCACAACUGCAGCGAUACGUGUACACAACGCCUAAGAGCUACUUGGACCUCAUCGGGUUGUACAUGAAGAUGCUGCAGGAGAAGCGCGCGGUGCUGCAGACCAUCAAGAACCGCAUGGAAGUGGGCGUCAAGAAGCUCGAGGAGACCAACAACAUCGUCGACUCGCUCAAGUCCGAGCUGAUCGAGCUGCAGCCUAUCUUGGCGAAGAAAGCCGUGGAAGCUGAGGAGCUGCUGAAGCGCGUGUCCGUCGACCAGAAGGCAGCCGCAAUCGUACGCGAGCGCGUCUCGCAGGACGAAGCGAUUGUCACUAAGCAGGCGGAAGAGGUGGCGAUCGUCCAGGCCGACGCUCAAAAGGACCUGGACGUGGCGAUGCCAGCGCUGAACAACGCCAUCAAGGCUCUCGAUAGUCUAUCCAAGAACGACAUCACCGAGGUCAAGUCCUUUGCCAAGCCCCCGGAAGCAGUGGAGACCGUCAUGAACGCCGUGUGUCUGCUCUUCAACGAGAAGCAGAGCUGGGACUCGGCCAAGAAAAUUUUGGGUGACGUGACGUUCCUGGACAAGCUGAAGAACUUCGACAAGGACAACAUCCCCGCCGCCACGCUCAAGAAGCUCAGCAAGGCCGUGUCCGAGCCGGGGAUGGCUGUCGAAGUGGUCUCCAAAGUGUCCAAGGCCGCCACGUCGCUCUGUAUGUGGGUGCACGCCAUGGACGUGUACUCGAAGGUGGCCAAAGAGGUGGGUCCCAAGAAGGAAAACCUCGAGCGGAUGAACCAGAAACUCGCCGAGGCCAACGCGGUGCUGAGCCAGAAGCAGGAGGAGCUGCGCGUGGUCAACGAGAACGUGGCCAUGCUGGAGAAGCAGUGCAAAGACACCUUGGACGAGAAGGACAAGCUUGCGAACGACGCUGCCGUCACGGAGAAGCGACUCGUACGCGCUGAGAAGCUGAUCUCCGGCUUGUCGGUGGAAGGCGUGCGAUGGAAGGAGAGCGUGGCGUCACUAGCCGAGUCCAUCUUGGCGUUGAUUGGCGACACCUUCCUCGCCGCAGCUUGUAUUUCGUACUACGGGCCGUUCACUGGAGGAUUCCGACAGCGAAUUGUCGAUCAAUGGGUCAGGCAGACGCAGGAGCUCGCUAUCCCCUGCUCUCCGGGGUACAGUCUAUCCACUACACUCGGCAGUCCGGUGGAAAUCCGCGAGUGGCAGCUCAACGGCCUGCCCACAGACUCAACGUCGACAGACAACGCCAUCCUCGUGACUCGAGGCGAGCGGUGGCCACUGAUGAUCGAUCCACAGGGCCAAGCCAACAAGUGGAUCAAGAAAACCUUAGCCCAGAAGCUCGAGAGCACGAAGAUGACCAACGCCAACUUGCUGCGGUCGCUGGAGACUUGCAUCCGCAAUGGCAAAGCGCUGCUGAUCGAGGAUAUCGACGAGACGCUGGAGCCCUCUCUCGAGCCGAUCCUGCAGAAGGCCAUCUACAAGCAAGGCGGGCGCGUGCUGAUCCGUCUUGGCGACUCGGAUGUGGACUACGACCCGGCCUUCAAGUUGUUCCUCACGACCAAACUGCCCAACCCUCACUACCUCCCUGAGGUCUACAUCAAGGUGACAGUCAUCAACUUCACCGUCACGAUGGAUGGGCUGGAGGAUCAACUGCUUGGCGACGUCGUGCGACACGAGAGACCCGAUAUCGAGGACAAGAAGAACCGGCUUGUAGUCACCAUGGCGCAGGACAAAAAGCAGCUCAAAGAGAUCGAGGACCGCAUCCUCAAGCAGCUCUCCGAGUCCUCGGGCAACGUGCUGGACGACCAGGACCUCAUCGACACGCUGCAGUCCUCGAACGUCACCUCCCGCAUCAUCAAGGAGCGCGUACUGGAGUCCGAGAACACGGAGAUCGAGAUCAACCGCGCGCGUGAAGAGUAUCGCUGUGUGGCCACGCGCGGGUCCAUCAUCUACUUCGUCGUGGCCAACCUCGCGCUCAUCGAUCCCAUGUACCAGUACUCGCUGCCGUUCUUCCAGAGGCUGUUCAAUAUCUGCUUCGACGAGGCUCCAAAGGCCGACACACUUCAAAGGCGGCUCACGAACCUCAUUGACUUCCAGACGCGCUACAUCUACGUCAACAUCUGCCGCGGGCUCUUCGAGGUGCACAAGGUGCUCUUCUCCAUGCUCAUCUGCUGCAAGAUCCUGCUGCAUUCCGGCAAGAUCUCGGCACGGGAGUGGUCAUUCUACCUUCGUGGGGCUCCUCCGGGCACCGAUCGCUCUACUCAGCAGCCGAAUCCUCAGCCUUCACACAUCUCGGAGGCUCAAUGGGACCUCAUCUCGGAGCUCGAGACGGUGGUCACGGGCUACGCUGCUGCCCCAGAAGGAGCAGACGGCAGUCAGAAGACGGAAGUCCACGGCUUCCAGGGGUUAUCCGGUUCAUUGACCAACGUCUGGCCGCGUUGGGUGGCGUGGCUGGAAGACGCUGCGUUCCUGUCGAACCCCAACUCGUGUCCAGGCAACUACGGCUCCACACUGACCGCCUUCCAGAAGGUGCUGCUGCUUCGAGGCUUGGCCGAGGAGAAGGUGCCUCAGGCUGUGUUGAACAUGAUCUCCACCGAGAUGGGGGCGGAGUUCGGGCGGAACGCGACCACGACCAUGGAGGAGAUCUACAACGACACGGACCGCAAGACGCCGUGCAUCUUCGUGCUGUCCGCUGGUGCUGACCCGACCGGAAUGCUGCUUCGGUUCGCCAAGGAAAUGUCGUUCAUCGAUCGGCUGCACCUCAUCUCGCUGGGUCAGGGGCAAGGUCCACGCGCUGAAAAGCUCAUCGAAAGCAGCCAAGGAGUGGGCGACUGGGUGCUGCUGCAGAACUGCCACCUGGCCAAGUCGUGGAUGCCCAAGCUCGAGAAGCUGGUGGAAGACAUGGGCCAGCGCACGGACGAGCAGUGCCAAGCCACGUUCCGCCUCUUCCUCACGAGUUUCCCAGCCGCCUACUUCCCCGUGACCGUGCUGCAGAACGGCAUCAAGCUGACGAACGAGCCCCCGAAAGGGAUUCGCGCCAACCUCGUCCGAUCCUUCAACACUCUGCUGUCCGAGGACGUGCUCGAGAGCUUCCAUUACCUCGGGAGCUUCGACACUGGAGAGCCCAAGGACCACGUCUGGAAGUCGCUGCUCUGCGCGCUCACGUUCUUCCACGCCAUCGUCCAGGAGCGACGGAAGUUCGGCGCUCUCGGUUGGAACAUCAAGUACGAGUUCAACGACACGGACCUGGAGACGUCCCUGGCGAGUCUGCGCAAGUUCCUGGAGGAGCAGCCGAUCAUCCCUUGGGACGCGCUGCGGUACGUCACCGGCCAGAUCAACUACGGCGGGCGCGUGACCGACGACUGGGACCGCCGCUGCCUCACGAGCAUCCUCAGCAACUUCUACACGCCCGACGUGCUGAGCCCCGGCCACUCGUACUCGACGUCGGGGAUAUAUCACGUGCCGACGGAGCUCGCGCACACCAGCAUCCAGUCGUACAUGAGCACUCUGCCGGCCUUCGACAACCCGGAGCUCUUCGGCAUGCACGAGAACGCCAACGUCACGUACGAACGCAACGAAAGUGCCAACAUGAUGCAACUCAUCUUGAGUCUGGAGCCGCGCGACGGCGGCGGAGGCGGCGGCAAGUCGAACGACCAGCGCGUGCUCGAUCUAGCCAUCUCGAUCCAGGAGAGCCUACCGGCCGACUUGAACGUCGAAGAGGCCGGGCCCACCACGUUCAAGACUCGAGAAGUGGCCGGCACCGUCGUCAUGGACUCGUUGGCGACGGUUCUUGGCCAGGAAGUCAUCAAGUUCAACACGCUCCUGCGUCGCAUGCGCACGUCCUUGAGGGACAUCCAGAAGGCCAUCAACGGCCUCAUAGUCAUGAGCUCCGACCUGGACAACAUGUACAUGGCAUUUUUGAACGGCCGAGUGCCGCAGCUCUGGUCCUCGGUGAGUUUCGCGUCGCUCAAGCCGUUGGCCUCGUGGGUGCGCGACAUGCUGGAUCGCGUUGCGUUCUUCCGCGAGUGGCUGAUCCACGGCGAGCCCGUGGUCUUCCAGCUCAACGUCUUCUUCUUCCCACAAGGCUUCAUGACCGGAACGCUGCAAAACUUCGCGCGUAAGUACCAGACCGCCAUCGACUCGCUGGCCUUCACCUUCACCGUCAUGGACGUCGAGAACGCCAAGCAACUCACGCAGAGUCCGACCGACGGCAUCUACGUCGACGGGCUCUGGCUGCAAGGCGCCAAGUGGUCACCGACGCACCGCCUUCUCGAAGACGCCAAGCCCGGCGAGAUGUUCUCGGCCAUGUCCAUCGUGCAUUUCCUGCCGGCCACGUCGGCGGUGGCCUGCAACCCGACGCUCAGCGCCGGCAUCAUGAUGUACCCGUGUCCGGUCUACAAGACGUCGGUGCGGCAGGGCACGCUGUCCACCACGGGCAUCUCCACCAACUACGUCAUCGCCGUGCAGCUUCCGAGCAACAAACCGCCCAACUACUGGGUCAUGAUGGGCGCCGCGUUCUUGCUUAACCUGGACAACUAG